AUGAGUAACGUCCGUGAAAAUGUCCUGUUUGGAAUGGGAAAUCCUCUGCUUGAUAUCUGUGCAGUUGUGGACAAGGACUUCCUUGACAAGUAUGGGCUGAAGCCAAACGACCAAAUUUUGGCAGAGGAGAAGCACAAAGAACUAUUUGAAGAACUUGUGAAAAAGUUCAAAGUAGAAUAUCAUGCUGGUGGUUCUACUCAAAAUUCCGUUAAAGUGGCCCAGUGGAUGAUUCAGAGCCCUUACAAAGCUGCAACUUUCUUUGGGUGCAUUGGCAAAGAUAAAUUUGGAGAGAUCUUAAAGAAGAAGGCUGAGGAAGCUCAUGUGGAUGCCCAUUACUAUGAGCAGAGUGAAGAACCAACAGGAACCUGUGCUGCCUGCAUCACUAGCGAUAACAGAUCUCUUGUAGCUAACCUCGCUGCUGCUAAUUGCUAUAAGAAGGAAAAGCAUCUUGAUCUGGAGAAGAACUGGAAGUUGGUGGAAAAGGCCAAAGUUUAUUAUAUAGCAGGAUUCUUCCUGACAGUGUCACCAGAAGCAGUAUUAAAAGUGGCUGCUCAGGCUUCUGCAAACAACAAGAUCUUCAGCUUGAAUCUUUCUGCACCAUUUAUUAGCCAAUUCUACAAAGAGCCUAUGAUGAAAGUCAUGCCUUAUGUCGACGUCCUUUUUGGAAAUGAGACGGAAGCUGCCACUUUUGCUAGAGAGCAAGGCUUUGAGACUGAAGACAUUAAAGAGAUAGCCCGGAAGACACAAGCCCUGCCAAAGGUGAACACUAAAAGGCAACGAAUCGUAGUCUUUACCCAGGGGAAAGAUGACACUGUAAUGGCUACAGAAAAUGAAGUGACUACGUUCCCUGUGUUGGUGAGUGAUCAGAGUGAAAUUGUGGAUACCAAUGGAGCUGGAGAUGCGUUUGUUGGAGGUUUUCUCUCACAGCUCGUCUAUGACCGGCCAGUGACCGAGUGCAUCCGGGCUGGACAUUACGCAGCCAGCGUAAUUAUCAAGCGUUCAGGUUGCACCUUCCCAGAGAAGCCUGACUUCCACUGAUACUGGUGAAUUGGAGGGAUCAAGAGUAACUCCCAUGUUGCCAUGGGAUUGCUGCCUAAAUUUUUCCUCCUUCCCUUUCCUCACCUUUCCAAUUACCUGCAUCAACGCUUCUGUACUUCUGUUCAUUGUAUUCUAAACAAAAUCUGUAUUUCUACGGUGUUUUCCUUUUCAUACCACUACCAUGUCUCAGUAGUCGUAACUUUUGGAAACAGUGCUAAGUGAAGCUUAUUCUCUCAUCCAUCAGGAAAAAUUGUUCUAUUUACACAGUUUAUAAGGAAGUGCCAUGUAAAUGACACUGCUGAUUAACACCAUUAAAAUAUUUCUGUUGAAUUAUCUAGUUUGUAUCCAGCUGUGGCCAAAUCCUACUCAACUUACGUGAAAUCAACAGACCUGACUUUAUUUGUCACUUAACGUUGUAAACCAGGAAUUGUUGUUUCUAUAUAGUGGAGUCACACUAGUGUAAAGAGCAGUGUAAAUGUCCCAAGAAUUUCCUUACAUAUGUGAGUGUACGAGAUCUGGCCAUCAGAUCCAGCCCAGCUUCCAUGAAAAGGAAUAGCUAUUUUGUCAGUAAUUUAAGGAC